UAAAAUCAUAACCAAACACACAAUAUUACUAACUAACUAAAUUCGUUUAUAUUUCAAAUAUUAGUGAAUAUAACUAUAUACAUUCCAAGCAUAGCAACAACAGAUAUAUUUCCAACUAAAUGCAAUUUCCAGUAUUGAAACUCAAACACAAAACGUUAUCCCAAUAAAUUACCAUAUUUGACGAACAAAAUCCAGAAAUUACUUUCCGCAGCAAAUCAGGCUGUGAUAUUUUCCUCCCUCCCGUUGCCUAUUUAACGUACGGACCGACCGCAACGUUUCCGCAGAAUCGAGUAAAAAUCAAAUGGCGCGAAAAUCUCUCCCUCUCCUACUCCUAGCCGCCGCUCUGGUGGUUGCGCUUCCGUACGCCGUCGCCGUGGCCUGUUGGACUCCGGUCAACGUCACGGAAGCGUUGGUGGUAGAUAUCGCAAAAUUUGCUGUGCGGCAGAACAACAGGUGGAGUGGAAGCAAUAUGACGUUCGAAUCGGUGGUGAGCGGCGAUCAACAAGAGUUCGCCGGAACGAUAUAUCGUCUCGUGAUCGCAGCCAGCGACGGGAAAGGUACGAACAACUCGAAUGCUUUUGUUUUGUACCAGGGAUGGGCGGCGCCGCGCUUCUACAAGCUUCUGUUGUUUGAAGCACCUCGCUGAUACGCACGUGCGCCGCACGUGUGUGAUGGAGAACGGUCGCGAUAUAUGUUAAUUAUAUAAUAAUUUGGGUCUUUGGUAUUAAUCAUGUCGAUAUUGGUGAGUUGUGAAAUAAUUUAUGCCAUGGAAUAAAUUUACUGUUGUGAUUUUGAAGCAUUUCAU